UCAUCUUGAUGUGGUAAAGCACCAUACAAACUUCAGGUAGCCAUAGUCAAGUUAGCCAUUUCCUCUGACUGACUGCGCACAGAAUCAUGCAGAUCUUUCAUCUGACAACUGCGUUUCUUAUAAUGGUUGUUCUCUGCAGUCAGCCAACUUCUCUAUCAGCAGUGUCUGUGAUUUACCCGCGUGAACCAGUAACGAAGACUGAAGGUCUUUUGUUGUCUCUCAAGUGCACAGUGAGAUAUAAAACAGAGGAUUGCGACAUUCAGACCAAUUGGUGGCAAUGGAACAACAGUGAGCCUUUGCAAAUCACGGAUCCCAACAAAUAUCUGAUCACAGUAAAUGAAACAGAAACAGAUGAGAAGAGGCUGAGGAACAUUUUCCUGACAUUCAGUUCCUUGAAUCUUCAAGACAGUGGCUUCUACCAGUGUGAUGCCAAAUGUCUCAACAGUGGGACUCAAGCAAAAGGCCAUCUCUUGCGCCUCAAUGUCACAGCUGAUCCAUACAAAGAUCUGAGGGUCUCAACAUGGAGCGGCCAGUUAAAGGCAGACGCAGCUGCGCUAGCACUCAGCGCCACAUUAUUAUUAUUAUUAUGGUGUUAUUAAAUUAAAUUGUGUUUUCAGUAUGGAGCAACACAAGGUAUCAACAUAUGAAAUUCACUUUUGUUAACCUGCUAAUGUGACCAACUGUAAUUUUCUUUUAUUCUAGACUUGGUGUUGGAUUAAGUUCUAACAUUGUGACAGCAUAUAUGUACCUAAAAGUUUGUUAUAGAGUUGGUUACCUGAUGAAUCUUUUUUUUUUUCUUAAUCGUUGCCAUAAAUUGCAAUUGAGUUUUAUUAGACUUUUACUUUAAUUUUGUGACAGGGAUAAUGCAUUGCACAGCCUGUGUGUUAAAUGACCUGUUGUGCUACAUUCAUUUGAACUGCAAUGGAACAUUUCUGUGCAGUGGUCCAGGCUUGUGGCUGAAACUGAAACCAAGCUCAUAUUGCCAAACGGAAGAUGAAGGUGUUGGACAAAUGUGCUGAACAAGACAUGCAGUUACAAAUGCAAAAACAAACUCAUGAGAAGGCAAAAGCAGUGUAAUUGUUUUUUGAUAGUAGACAUGUGAUACAAUUCUCUUUGUAAAAGUCAAUAAUUAUUACUACCAGGGCCUUAUCUGGGGUUUGCGGGGCCCUGGUGCAGGUUGUACUCAUGGGCCCUGUUUGAAAUUGUGUAAAUAGCACAAAUAAAUAAAUAGAACAAGGAUACAAAUUAAA